GCGCCCCUCCAGGAGCCCUCCGCGCCCGCUGCGGCGCCCGCUGCGGCGGCCGCCGCGGCCGCCGAGCGGGCCGACGUCACCGAGUCCGUGCAGCUGACCGCUCGAGACUCCCAGACCGCCCCCUCGCUCCCAGACGCGCUGCCGCCGCCGACCGCUUCACAGAUCGAGGAGGACUUCAGGCGGUCAGCUGCUGCACUAGUUGAGCACGGCGACCAUUCAGUGGCCGCCGCAGAUCCCGAUCGGCAG